AAAAAAAAAAAAAAAAAAAAAAAAAAAAACCUCCGAAACGGUUCUACAUCGUUGCUUUUACAGUCAUUUCCGCUCCGAAAAUGGGGAAGCUACUUUGUGAUUCCACCACGGCUGUAGCCGAAUCGUUUCCGACCACCUCACCGGCCGUUAAUUGGCGGGACCAGAACUCUUCCCCUGGUAUAGAUACUAAUGGAGCUCUAGAUCUUCUGGACCAGUCGACGGCCGUUGUGGCCACUGCUUGGGAUGAUGUUCUUGGCCUUGAAGACCAGCAGAGGCGGCAGCUUCAGAAACUUCAUGCUAAGGGCGUUCUCUGGAAGCAUCCGAAGGAGGAUAGUGCUGAUUCCUCCUCUGUGCCGUUGAGAUCUGCGGUGUUUCGCCUCUCGCAUGGUGGUGAGGUGUCUUCUGAUGGAAACUGCUUGUUUACGGCUUCUCAUAAAGCUAUGAGUAUGGCGCGUGAGGUCGACGCUCGGGAGCUCCGGCGGCGGUCGGUGAGGCGAUUCUCGGAGGAUUUCGGAUCUGCGAGAUUGGAGGAGAGAGAGGUGAUUAAUGACGCGAUUCGGCACCUCUACUCUCCCGAUCUGAAAAAUGGAUGGGGAAUCCAUGUGGUUCAAGAGGUCAAAUUCUUGGCCAAGAAAGAGGAUCGGCCGGCAUUGGACGGAGCUAUCGAUGAGCUCGUUCAACUCGGCAUGCAGAGAGAAACGGCGGCGGAGUCGAUUUACAAAGAAAGAUGUAUUCCGAUUAACGACGGUGCGAGUUGGGCGAAAUACAUGUCAAUUUCCGGGUCCAAUGAUGACGAAUACGAUAUUGUUACUCUGCAAUACACAGAGGACGGAUUGUUAUCUGUGGACGAGAACAGAGAGGGCCACGCCGCAGCCUUUGGGGAUGACAUAGCGAUUGAAUGUCUCGCAACAGAGUUCAAGCGUGAGAUAUACGUUGUGCAAGCACAUGGAUCCGACGCGAUGGUUGAUGAAGAAAAUUGUGUAUUCUUUCUUCCACACCGUCCCAGGAGUGAAAUUUGCGAAGUUCCUUUCUUUCUUUUCAUGAAAGGAACAGGUUGGUGUGGCGCGGGAGCUGACCAUUACGAACCUCUCAUCGCCAACUGCUCUUCGUUUGUUUCACAGGAGAAAGUGGCAAUGGUACUUUGAGGUUUCAGUUCUGCAAUUUUGUGGCUUAGAUUUCGAGUAGAGAAUUAAUUUAGCAUGUUUAAUUUAUUUUUGAGGGUAUUAUUUGGCUUGCAAUCAAGAUGGGAGAAAUCAAAAUCUGGGUUGCAUUGCUUUCCAUUUUUCUUUGGGGGGGUAGAGAGAUUUUUUUUUUGUCUGACUAACAUUUUGCAGGUUUUGCGCCUGCAGUUGAGCAGCUAUUUGUGAGUUUUUCGGCCUUUUUUUCUCCAAAUUUUUGGAUGUUAAUGUUAAUGUUGUUGUUGUUUAAUUUACCAUUUCUUAAUCGAAGAGAGAGUGCCUGUAUAGACACUGUAGUGUAGUAGGGUUGGUCAUAUUUGAGUCCAAAUUCCAGGAAAUACUGCAUCAUCUUUCUGCUGUUGUAUCCUUAUCCUUUUGUUUUUUAAUGCUAAAAGGCAAGCUUUAUUCUUUUUCUCA